GAUAUUUGGCAGCACAAAAAACUUGUCAAACACAAUAUUUAUUAUAAUAAUUGUAGGCAGAAAGGAGACAGAGCUGAUGGAGGUUCUCAGUCAUCGAAGGAUGGCUGAAGGCUUUCCAGGAACAGGAGAUGUGGUGUUGUCUGUUCUCUCUCUAUUCUGCCAGAUGAGCUGAUAGGUUACAGGUGUGUGAGGACAUCCUCAUGCUGUCAUAACCAGAUGACAGGAGUUAUCAGGUGAUCAGCCAGGCUAAUGAUGAGAUGCAGAAAGAAAACAAAUCCAGGACGGUGUACAGUAAUAAUAUCAGAAUCAGAAAAGGUUUAUUGUCAGUGAACAAGCAGUUCACAAACUAGGAACUUGCUUCGGUACUAAUGUGCUACAUAUAACAUGAAUAAUAAAUUUCAAAAAUAGAAUAAGUAGAAUAAAAUAUAAUAAAACUAGCAUAAAACAUUCAGCUAUAAAAAAAGACAGGUAAUGGUAAUAUGGCCGAUAACGUGACGUUGUGACGAGUACAGAAGACGAACAUGGGUGUGUGUUUAUAAGCUGUUCACAAGUCUAACGGCAGAUGGAAACAAGCUGUUCUUAUGGCGGGAGGUUCUGGUCCGGAUGGACCGUAACCUCCUGCCUGAGGGAAGCGGCUCAAAAAGUGUGUGUCCCGGGUGAGAAGGGUCAGCUGCUAUCCGGCCUGCACGCCCCCGAGUUCUGGAGACGUACAGGUCCUGGAGAGAUGGAAGGCUGCAGCCAAUCACCUUCUCAGCGGAGCGCACAAUGUGCUACAGUCUAUGUUUGUCCCUCACCGUGGCUCCAGCGUACCACACAGCGACGGAGGAGGUGAGGAUGGACUCAAUGAUGGCCGUGUAAAACUGCACCAUCAUCUGGGUCGGCAGCUUGGCCUUUUUCAACUGCCGCAGAAAGUACAUCCUCUGCUGGGCCUUUUUGAUCAGGGAGCUGAUGGAUGGCUCCCACCUAAGGUCAUGUGUGAUGGUGGUUCCGAGGAAGCGGAAGGAGUCCACAGUGGUGACGGGGGUGUCCGUCAGGACGAGGGGGAGAGAUGGGGCUGUGACUUUCCUGAAGUCCACAAUCAUCUCCACUGUCUUCUGAGCGUUGAGCUCCAGGUUGUUGCUGCUGCACCAGUACACCAGCCGUUCCACCUCCCUCCUGUAGGCGGACUCAUCACCGUCAGAGAUGAGCCCGAUGAGGGUGGUGUCGUCCGCAAACUUGAUUAGUUUAACGGAGUCAUGGCUCGAGGUGCAGCAGUUUGUGUACAGGGAGAAGAGCAGAGGAGAAAGUACACAGCCCUGUGGAGAUCCUGUGCUAAUUGUCUGAGUGGUGGAGACAUUCUUCCCCAGCCGCACACACUGCCUUCGGUCCGUCAGGAAGUCAGUGAUCCACCUGCAGGUGGAGUUGGGUACGUUAAGCAUGGAGAGCUUGUCCUGGAGCAGAGCAGGGAGGAUGGUGUUGAACGCAGAGCUGAAGUCCACAAACAGGAUCCUAGCGUAGGUUCCCAGAGAGUCCAGGUGCUGCAGGAUGAAGUGGAGGGCCAGGUUGAUGGCAUCGUCUACAGACCUAUUAGCUCUGUAUGCGAACUGCAGAGGGUCCAGGAGGGGGGAGGUGAAGGACUUGAGAUGAGGGAGGACCAGGCGCUCAAAAGACUUCAUGACUACAGACGUCAGCGCCACAGGCCUGUAAUCAUUCAGUCCAGUGAUACGGGGUUUCUUAGGUACAGGGACAAUGGUGGACAGCUUAAAGCAGGCUGGAACAUGGCAGGACUCCAAGGAGAUGGUAAAGAUGUCCGUGAAGAUUUGAGACAGUUCCUCUGCGCAGUGUCUCAGGGUUGCGGGGGAGACACCGUCCGGGCCCGGGAAUUUCCAUGGCAGUGGAGGGGGAGGGAUGACCCGCUGUCUGUCGGCGCGGAGGAUCUGGAAUCCCUCCAAAUGGAGCGCGCAAUCCGGGGUCUGCUCGUUGAGUCUCGUCUCCGUGAAGCAUAA